UUUUGACAGAGAUUGUUGGAUGCAAAGGAAAAGGGAGAAGUGUGUUUGACAGAUUAGGUGAAAAUGUUAUAACCAAAGAAGUUGUGAAUAAAUUGUGUGUUUUUGUGAAAUAUUAGUGAAAAAGUUGCCCAAGCAUUGUAAUAUGUUAAUAUAAGACGUCGAUGUUUGUUUACUUCAAGUGGAAUGAAUCCUUAACCUCGGUUCAAGUCAAUAUUUAAGAACGGUGGGUGCUUCUUGUAAUCAGGAUAUUCACUAAUAAUGGCAAGAUUAAAAAGUGACUCGAUUUUAAUUCUUUUAACGUAAAAAAUGUAAUAUAUUAUAGGUACAACACCUGUCAGAAAUACGUACAUAUAAGAGAGUGAUAAAAUUAUAUUUUAAAUAAUGUAAAAAUUCUAAAAUGCAUUGAAAGCAAACAAGCAGGGUUCCAUAAUUGUGCAAAUGAAGGAAAAAUAUAAAUAAUUAAAGGAAAUCUGUUAACAAAGCGUCCUUUUGACAAAUAAACUAAAGCUUUUUGAAUUUAAAACAGUAACCUAUUUUUGUAUAUUUAUUUACUGGCAUCUGUUAAAAGAAGUGAUUUAAAAAAUAGCUAAUAAGAUUCCAAUGCAAAACUGUUGUUAGAAUUGUUAGGAGGCACUAAUAUGAAUAAUCAUAAAAGAAGAUUCAGCAGUAAAAUAAAAUAUUAAUUAUGGCCUCUUAUGAAGAUAAGAAAAAAUUUUACUGUCGUGAAUGGGCAUUUCAGAAAUUGGCUCAUUGCCUUGAUCAACGGCCCAUCUCGAAGACAUGCGGGGCCUUAUUGUUAGGUGGUCCAGGAUGUGGAAAAACAACUUUUUGUUCGGAAAUUUGCUGGCCGUCACAAGGACCUGCAGGUCGUCAACAACGAGCCCUAAAUCGAAGACUUCUUUGUCAUCAUUUUCUAGCAGGUCACAACGAAAAGAGUUUAUCACUUAGCGAAUUUGUACGAUCAUUAGUUACUCAAAUACUGAAUCAUUCGACAGAAAGUCAAAGAGAACGAAGUAUGCGUAGAAAAAUGGCCCAACAAAAGGCCAAAUUGGAGGAGAGUCCAAAAGAUGGAAGUACUAAAAGUACGAACAGCAAAGAUGGUAAGGAAGUUAGUUUAAACGUCCAUGAAAGUACUUUGUACUGCAAUGUAUAUCCUGAACCUGCAUCUCCAAAUAAUGAGUGCAAACGUAUUAUUGAUAAUACACCUCCAAUACCAAACUUACCAGUGAAUCCCAGAACAAUGAUAGCAGAUGCGUAUUUGGAAAAGCUAAAAUCGGAUUCAGAAAUACAAUAUGCUUUAAGGGCUAAAAAUAUUGAAAUGAAUCCUGAUGACUGCCUUAAGAGAGCUCUGCUUUUUCCUUUGCUCGAAAUUGAUCCUCCAAAAACGUCCUUAUUUAUUCUUGUCGAUUCUAUCGACGAACAUUCCUUCAAUUAUUCAAAUUCUACCCUAACGAAAUCAAAACCCCGCGAGAGAUCGUCACAAUCACGAACAAUUGCCGAGUUGUUGGCCAAUCAUCAUCACCUGUUUCCUCAGUGGCUGCUUCUUGUUUGUACUGCUCGUAAACAGUCGAAGAGUAUAGCAAAAAUGUUCACAGGAUUUAGGAAACUGAGUUUGGAUGAUUUGAGAAAAACACAGGUAGUUAGAGACGUUCAACAGUACAUUUUGGCUCGUCUUGAUCAGGAAAACAGUUUGAGACAGCAUAUCAGCAGGGAUACUGCCGAAAUGCUGAAUCAGUUGCAUAUAAAAAGUAAUGGGUGCUUUUUGUACUUGGAAAAGGUGUUGGAUGGCGUGUCGGAAAAUUUUAUUGUCUUACGAGAAGUUAGGGAAAUACCGGGAACACUCAAUGGCCUCUAUCUUUGGCUUAGCCAAAGGUUAUUUAAUCGACGACAGUUCGCAAAAGUUCAACCGUUAUUAAACGUUAUCUUGGCCGCAAAAUGUGCAGUAACAGAAGACCUAUUGUAUGAUAUAAUAAAAGUUUAUUAUCCAAAAAUCAGUCACGAAGAUUUUAGGAAGAGAUUUCACCUUUUAAAGAGAAUUUUAGUUAUUUCAAAAAGCGGCACCAUCCGAUUAUUCCAUCAUUCUUUUGCUGAAUGGCUUUUAGACAUAAAACAUUGUACACAAAAAUAUUUGUGUAAUAUUUUCCGUGGCCAUUGUGUACUUGCGAUUUACUACACAUACCAAGCAAAAUAUCUAAAUAAUCAAGAAAUAUAUGAUUACGUUUUUCAUCUUACACGUAUGGAACAGUAUUUAAGUGAAGAACCGAUACAGAAAAGUUCUAGUGUUAUAUAUAAAUUGACAAAAGAACAUAAGAAUCAAGCAUAUGAAGAAAGCACACUGGAAAAAACAGAAUCUGAGGUUUAUUCAGAUUUAAAGGCGUUGCAGAACUUAAACUUGUAUGAAAACAAUUGUGACAAAAAUCUGAGCUAUACUCUAGAUAACACGCAUUCCCAAACGAUGGAUACCAGUUUUAUUGGAACCGAUUUGAGUCCUCAGCAGAACAAUUUAAACGUUGAAUCUAAGACGAAAACUGACGAUAGUAUUAGCAGAAGGCAGUAUGAAAAUAUCAAAAGCCCGACAUCUCCUAUCUACGGAGUUAUCAACAAAAAUAGAUUAAAGCUGGAACCACAGAAAUCAUUUCCGAGCUCAGGAAAGGGUUAUCCGGAAAAUUAUGAAAACUUGAAUAAUUUAAACGCCACUGAAAAGCCUAAUAUAACUGAAAUAAUUCCCAAAAAUAAUCUGGAUAACCACACGUUGACGUUAUUAUGGUUAAUUCUAAGUGGAGCUAAUGUCGAAGAAUGUCUUUUAGAAGGAAACGAAAUGGCUGGAGUUAAUUUUGGUGCAUUUUUACCUACUGAUCAAAAGGUCUUGAAAUUAUUACUUGAAGCCGGAGCUGUGGAACAGUCCGAUCCAGAUGACGGAGAGUAUGAAAGUCAGCUUUCCUUGGCUACGUCAUCAACAGAACCGAGUCCAGAGCCCCUGUUUGAGCUUCAAGAUAUUCACGGACAAGCGGCCUUACAUGUAGCAGCUAGAAUGGGGCAAGUUCAGGUGAUUAAAAUGUUUUUGGAAACUUCCGCUGAUGUUAAUAAAGCAGAUGUGGACGGUUGGACACCUCUUAGGGCGGCUGCAUGGGGUGGACACACCGAAGUGGUGGAAUUGCUGGUGAAGCAUGGUUGUGAUUUGGACAGCGUAGAUUCCGAGAAUAGAACAGCCCUUAGAGCAGCAGCGUGGUCUGGGCACGAAGAGAUUGUUAAGAUUUUAUUAGAACAUGGAGCUAAUGUGAACUUAACUGAUCAUGAAGGUCGUACAGCAUUAAUAGCGGCUGCUUAUAUGGGUCAUGCUGAAAUAGUAGAGCACUUAUUGGAUCAUGGAGCAGAUAUUAACCACGCAGACGCAGAUGGACGAACUGCAUUGUCUGUAGCCGCACUUUGUGCUCCUCGAAUGCCCGGAGCAAGUGUGGUUUCAACACUUCUCGAAAGGGGCGCUGCUGUCGAUCACAAGGAUAAAGAAGGCAUGACACCCCUUUUGGUUGCAUCUUUUGAAGGCCACAAAGAUGUAUGUGAACUUCUGUUGGAAAAUGAAGCAGAUGUGGACCACUGCGACAAUGGUGGUAGAAGCCCGUUAUGGGCUGCGGCCAGUAUGGGCCAUGCACCGGUUGUUGCCCUUUUACUUUUCUGGGGCUGUUGUAUAGAUUCGAUGGAUUCUGAAGGGCGAACGGUUUUAUCUGUGGCAGCAGCUCAAGGAUGUGUUGAAGUUGUCAAACAAUUAUUGGAUAGAGGAUUGGACGAACAACAUCGAGAUAAUUCGGGUUGGACACCACUACAUUAUGCUGCUUUUGAAGGACACCAAGACGUGUGCGAAGCACUUUUGGAAGCUGGAGCAAGAAUAGAUGAAGUAGAUAACGAGGGCAAAGCCCCCCUUGUGUUGGCAGCCCAGGGGGGGCAUACGUCUUUAGUUAAUUUGUUUUUAGAAAAGUAUGGCGCUCCUUGUGAUCAAAGGCCUCAUGAUGGCAAAACUGCACUUAGACUAGCGGCUUUAGAAGGGCAUUACGAUGUGGUUCAUCUUCUUUUGUCCCAUGGGGCCGAUAUAGACUUCAAGGACGCUGAUGGUCGUAGCACGCUUUACGUUUUAGCACUCGAUAAUAGAUUGGCCAUGGCGAAGUAUUUGAUUCAACAAGGAGCAGAUGUUGAAACUCGUGAUUUAGAGGGUCGGACACCUUUACAUGUGUCAGCUUGGCAAGGUCAUACGGAAAUGGUCGGCCUCCUUUUAAAAUGUGGUCAUGCUCAGGUGGAUGCGGUUGAUCUAGAAAAUAGAACCGCCUUGCAUUCUGCCAGCUGGCAGGGCCAUCAUGAUAUUGUCAAGACACUUCUGGAACACGCAGCAAAUCCUGAUCACACCUGCAAUCAAGGAGCGACAGCUUUAUGCAUAGCCGCUCAGGAGGGUCACGAGUUGUGUGUAGUAGCUUUAUUGGAACACGGGGCUGAUCCCAACCAUUCAGAUGCUUGUGGGAGGAACGCGUUACGGGUUGCAGUAAAAUCGGGACAUCGAGGGGUAGUUAGACUUUUAGAAGAGUAUAAUAUGAGGUCCCAGAAACUGGCUCAUACCAGUAGUAGUGCCAAUUCAUUUACAUCAGGUUCAACAGCUGAAACUAAACCGUCAAAUGCUUUAUUGUACCCAGUGCCAGGAUCUUCAGAGUGGACUGACCAGCAAAGGAGAUCAAUGGUUUCAUUAGGAAACCAUAGUUCUAAUUCAAAGUCUAGUUCUAAUUUAACUGGUUCCAGCCAUUCUAGUAAACAUGGGGACAGACAAAGGGAAACACCACAAACUUCACAGCCUUUGUCGUUUACCCAACAGCUUCAGCAAUGUACUAGAGGAGGUAAAACACGGCCGUUAAGCAAAUUGUUGUCACCAUUACAAAGCGAACCUCAAAGUCCAAUCUAUGCAUCUCCUCCUUUAAGUCCUGUUCACGAUGCUCCAAGUAUGUUUGGUGCCAUGAAUAUUUAUCAGCCAGUGUUGCGACAUAGCAAUAUAUUUUCCCAAGCUCCUGACACUCACUUUGCCCGAGACACUCACAUGAGGAUAAUUUUGGGAAAUUCUGCCGCGCCUGUUAGUUCGAAAUCGGAUAAAAAGAACAGUCAGGGGCAAGAUAGCAAUAACGGAAAUCAGAGCAAUCAGAAGCCUAAGAGAAAUGGAAUUGUAACGAAUCCAGCUCUAAGGUUGGUCGCAAACGUAAAAAACGGUUUGGAUACAGCUGCUGCCAAUUUGAGAAAAUCAGCUUCAGGUGCCAAUCCAAGCACUAAAACGAACAGUUUCCAUUGGAGAAAGGAAACGCCCUUGUAAAAAUUGUAACAUUAUUUAAACGAAAUUACUAGUCAAUAUAACGAUAAAUUGAAGCUACCAUCACCACCACGAUUUAAUUACUAACUAAUAACGUUAACACUAGUCUUAUGGAAGUCAAAGAUUAUUUGCGUUUUAUGACGUAGAUUCGUGUAUAGGGAAUAAAAGUAAUUGUUUUU